GAAGAAUAGACGUUAUUCCCAGAAAGCGGUGAAAAUAUUUCUUCGAUUGAAAAUUAAAGUUGACAGCAGAAGUAAUACUGAGUUUAUAAGUAAAAAUCUGUUGAAAAUCAUAAAAAUUAUUUAAAAUUAUGUACGUACAUAAAUAAUUUAGUGUGCCUAAUAACAUCAACUGUGGGUUAAGAAAUCAAGCAGUCAAGUGUUGGGUUUUACGGAAAAUCAAUAACCGUUUUUAGCACAUAUUUCCAGGAAUUUUAGCAGUUUUUCAAAUAUUAUACAGCUACCAUAGCCCUUCCAAUCACAACACAAUUUGGGUAAAGCACACCGAGCAACAACGGUGACAUUAACAACGUAAAUGAACUAAUGCAUACAUAUGUACAUAUGUAUACUCAUAAAUGCUCAAUAUUUCGUAACCACCCAUUGUGCCCCCCUUUUUAGGUCAUCGGUGCAUUGUUCGUGACUCGUCUUCAAAAUUCCAAUACACUUGCAGACGUAUAUAUUGGCGAAGGUAAAGGCAAAGAAGGAAUAAAUGUAAGUGCAUGGGAAAAGUCGCAUAAAAUCUAUCCUCGAAACCUUCGCAACGAUUAAGUUCUGGUACGUGCAUAUGCACUUGUGGUGCAGCAUCAAAGUCAGUGCAAUCUAAAAGUGUGCAUAACUGAAGUUAUAGUGAGAAAGUACAGUGAAAAUCGAUUUGCCAUUCUGUUGUGGUUUGUGAACAUUUAAAACGGAUACUUAAACGCAAUGGCGACAUCAACAUCGGUAUCGGCAUCAGGUUCGGCAUCGGCAUCCACAUCAGCAUCGACCUCUGGAAAUACGGGCAUCGGCUCCCCCUCUACAUCGGUUAUAUGUGAAGAGGUCUUUGAUGAGACUGAACCCAGUGCUGAAGAAAUCCAUGAUUAUGCUAUGAUGGUUGGCAUUGAUCCGGUUAAAGAACCUCACUUACUAUAUUUGGCCAAAGAAGGGUUGAUGCAGGCAUUGCCAACCGAUUGGAAAAUAUGUUAUUCAGAGGAGAAAUGUGGACACUAUUAUUACAAUAUUAAAACGAAACAAUCACAAUGGGACCACCCGCUCGAUGCGGUCUACCGAGAAUUAGUUGAACAGGCGCGGCAAAAGCACACAGCAAUAGCGGCCACACCUGUCAUCGACAACUCAGACGAUGCGUCGCAACUGGACUCAGGCAUACGUAGCCUACAAGGUAAUGAUGAAUGCGACAACACCAACAAUACAAAUGAAAUGUCUUCACCGGUAAGCAAUGUAAAUACCAAUUGCACUGCAAGGUCUGUGAAUAAUGCAGUAGCUGCUGCAACUGGUAUAGGUGCCAACGCUGCGGGUAUUGCUGGCAUUGGAUUAACAAAUAAUUCAGGUUCGACUUCGAAUAGUACAAGCACAAGUGGGUUUAGUGGCGGAGUUAGUCGUUUCUUAGAAUCCAGAAGUAAAAAUUUUGGUUUAAACUUUCAACCCGUGAAAGGAUCUCGUUUCGAGGUAUCGAAAACAAACCCUCAAAUAACUUUAGCAAUGAAAUUCGGCGGAGAAGGUUUUUCUUCGAAGUUGGCAGCGAACAAAGUUGAAACCGACGGUGGUGCUACAGGUGGUGUAGAUAAGCGAGCUUUUGUGUUGUCCGGUACUGGUGCGAUGUUCCUAAAAUCGCGCAAGCAAAUGGAAACUGGGUUAAAUCAAGCCACUGCUUCUAUGUUACUGAACUCCAGCUCAAAUAAUAUAAUUAUUGAGGGUACUGCUGGCACGCCACCUGGCGUUAAGGGCAUAUUGCGCGAUUCAAGCUUAACAGAUAUGCGACGACGAUUCGAAAAGGACGAUGCAGAAAAUCAGGGUUUGGAGGAUAAGAAAAGUGUACGUUUCAAUUUAGACGAAACGAAAAUACGAGGAUCCCCAGAGGAGGACCAAAGCAGUUCGCGCAAAAUAACUCAAAGCCCAGAAGCAUCAAUGUAUUCAGAUGACGAUGAUGUAGAAGAUGAUGAUCCUUGGGAUGAUGAUAAUGACGACGGCAAUGAAGGCUGCUUUGGGUACGAUGUACUGGGUGCUGAAGGUGGUCUUCCGCGUAGUCUUAACCCAUUCCUAAUGAAUGAUGAAGCAAAAAGAAAGGAAAUACAAAUUAUAUCGGUACCUAAGGCACAAACAAUACAAAUGCUCAAGGCACAAAGCUUUUCUAUGGAUCUGCCUGAACGUGAUCGUGCCAAACUUUCAGAGUUGGCCCGCUCACAAAGUACUGAAUCCGGGAGCAUACCGCAACCAGUUUCUGUAGUAAGCUACCUCGAAAAAUUGAAAGACAAUUCUACAACGAUUAAACCAAUGUACGAGGACACAGAUUCUGAAUCAAAAGGCAGUUCCGUACGAAGUUUUAUUAUAAACAAAUCCGAACAGGAUUCUGUGAAUUCAAUUGUGCCUGCCGUUACUCCGUUUGAAGGUGAUGAAAAUGUUACUAAAAAUAAUCGUGAGCUGGAGCAAACCGAGACCAAACCCGGAACGGAGAAACCCGUUUUGCGUACGUUAAAGGUGGCGUCUAAACUUGUUAGCUUUCUGAAAAAAGAUACUGAUAAAGCCGAGCAAGAAACUUGUGUUCAAACACUAAAUGACCGAGAAAAUGACAAAGACUACGAAAUUCAAAAACAAAAGGCUGAAAAAGAAAAGGAGGCAUUACUUAAAGAGGAACGUGAACGUUUAGAGGACCAACUUCAAAGAGAAAUCGAUGCCAUCAAGAUUGACCAUGAACACAAGCUCGAAAGUAUUCGGCAAGAAUAUGAUUCUCGCUUGACAUCACACCGACAGGAAAUGGAACAAACAUUUCAAACACGCUUGAAUGAGUAUCGGGCGCAGUUGGACGAAGAAUUGAACACAAAACGAAAAAUGGUUGUAGAUGAGCACAAAGCUCAUAUGGUUACGCUACAAAAAAAUCACACCGAAAUUUUACAAGAUCUAGAGAGAGACUUGAAAAGCGAAGAGGAGAUCAUCAAAAAGGAACAUACACGUAAACAUUCCGAGAUGCGUGACAAAUUGGGGCACGAAUUAGAGUUGGAACGUCAGCGUAUGCGUGAAACAGGUGAAGAUAGAUUGUAUGAAAAGGUGCGUUGCGAAAAGCGUUUAUUAGAAGAUAAGUAUCGCUGUUUAAAGGAGAAAUAUGUGCGUUUAAAAACUGAUGUUAAACUAUCAUUGGAACGUCGCAAUCGACGACGCGAAGCCCAAGCGCUACAUCAACAAAGUCUCCAUACAAAUACUACUACUACAGGUUCAGAGACGGAAAGGUCCAUAUCAAACAAGCCAUCUAUCGGUAACAGCGAGAAUCGUUCACUUUCUUUAUCGACUUCUUGCCAAGAACACGGUGGUGUUGGUAGUAUCGGCGCAGUCCCUCAUACAAUAUUGGGCAGUAAAAGCCCAAAACCACCAGUGCCACCUAAAACUCAUCUAACGCCUGUCACCGGUAGCAAAGAGCAUUUAAAUUCUGUGGUCCGUGAGCGUUCAAAUGAACGUGGACAGCUAUCAAUAACACGGAAGCCGGGCAUAGCUUCAAAAUAUAUUAAGCACUUGCAAGUUCAAGAUGACACAACUACUUCGAUUAGCCAAUCAGACACGACUAUAUCGAACAAUUACAGCAAGGGCCGUUACCUACCAGCACCACUAUUGAGCGAUAAUGGAAACUCCGAUUCAGAGGCUGCUUUCCAAUGCAAUCAAGAGAACAAUAAUAACGGACGUGGCAAUAGCCAACGCAAGAAAAUAUUUUCCCGUUUGAAGUCCGCUUCUACAUCACGUUUAAAUUCGGACAAUUACAAAAACGACCGACCUUGCACACCGGUUGAGAAUUUGCGUCAUCAGCUACAGAAGCUAGAAGAUUUAGAAGAUCAAUUCCCUGACAAUACACUGGACACUACUUAUCAUUUACGCUAUCCAUUCUCCGAUAUAUCCAACGAUCGUGCCGGUGCUGGCAAUAGUUCAGAGCUUGAGUUUUUUAAACACCGCAUACAUUUGGAGCGAGAUAGUGUGCGACGUGCCAAGGAAUCAUUACGCACACAGCGUACUAAUUUCCGUUCACGACAACGUGAGAUCAAACAGCGUCAUAAGGCUUCCACAACACGUCAUUCAUUGGACCAGCUUAUACAAGAGGAAAAGGAAUUGACUGAAAUGGAAGUAAAUUUGCACCGCACACGUGCGCUACUCGGCGAAAAGGUUAUACGCUUACGUCACUUGGAACAAAGCCUUUUAAGAAUUUACGAAAAGGAGAAACCCACCAUGGAUUUGCUGGGCAUAGAGCAGAAAGACGAUGCCACGCUAAGCGAUCUUUCAUCACAUUCAAGCUCAGGUUUUAGCAGCACAGAUUUCGCCAGUGGUGCCGAUACACACAAUUUGCACAAACGAAAAGAGAACUAUCAUCAGGAAUCAACAGAAUGUAUACAAAAUCUAGAAAUUCUCAAUGCGGAGAUUCGGGAAAUUCUCGAUAUACUUGGAAAAAGUCAACACGGAGGAAUACCCAUGAUCUCACCCUCCGAGUUGAAUUGGUCACACAUGCUAUCAACCGGUAUCAAUUCAGCUCCCACACCACCAACAAAUCUUCAAAAUGCUGGCGCAACCGCUACGCUUAUGCAUGCACCACAAUCCAUACCAACACUAGCUGAUCGCUUGGAGACAUAUCGUCAACUUGCUACUGGACGCAUGCAAAAUUCAAUGGGCGGCGCUAUACUCGCGGCAAAUACAAUAGUUUCGCAAAGUCCACGCGCCGUCAACUAUACGACCAGUCUAGUGGAGCGCACCAGAGAUCUACGCAAUUGGCUGCGACAAGCCAAAACAGAGCACGAAUUACUAACUGGCGGUAGCAAUAUUGUUCUACCAAUGCAGCAUAGUGGCUUAGGUUUGACAGGCAGUGCCUUGGGUGUGAAUACGGUGAGCGUUCUUAAUACUAGGGAAUGUGGCGGCAGUGUUAAUGGCGCUGUCGGUGUUGGAACGACAGCCACAACUGGAGGAGCCAGCGGCACGGGUACACAGACUAAUCUAUAAUUAGGAUACAAUGUUUUCUGCUGCUGGCGCAGUUAGGAACUCAAGAAGUGAGACAUGUGGCAUGUGUGCUCUGAGAAUAGUGUGGUAGAUGUACAGCUAAAUAUAGAUAAAUUCGAGAAUUUUCAUGAUUGUUCGGCUGCUCUAGUUGCUCUAGAAAUGUGAGUAUAAAGAAAGUCUAGUUGCAAAGAUCAAACUACUUUAUUAUAGAAACUAUAUAAAGUUUUAUCGGAUCUCUAUUCAAAACCAAAGAUAAUCGUUAUUGAAACUAAAAGAUUGAAUAUAAUAGUUGUAUUUGUAAUAAAAUCAUACCGAAGUUAUAUAAUAAAUAAAAAAGUAUAGUUCUGGUGCCAAAGAAAUGUAUUUGCUUGUGAAGGGAAAGAUAAUGUAGUGGACAUAUAGUUAAAGUUAGAGAAUUUUGGCAGAAACUCAUUUUAUUUAGUAAAUAUUAGCGAAAUUCCAAUUUAAGAAAAUCAUCACAACAAUAAUUAAAUACUUAUAAAAUUUAAAUAUAAACGAGUGAUAUGUUAUUAUUUUAGCUGUUAGUAAAGCCAAGCCAUUUCUUUGCAUAUUAUAUUAACUAUUUAUUUGAAGAAAUAAUCUAAAUAUCUGAAUGUAAUAUUUAUAUACAUAAAUCCAACGACUUAAUAGUUAUAGUCAGAAUUGACCCUAAAGUAAGAUCCACAUGAAUUUGAAAGUUGUCUUAAAACUAAACUAUAAAUUUGUUAUACGUUACAAUAACGAUUUAUUUUAUAACGAUUGGAGAUGGUUAGUACCCAAAAAUAUGACGAAUAUGAAACACAACAUUUUUAUUAACUCACAAAGGGGGUACUACUACAUCUAGUCACAGAUAGCACAAUAUAUUUAACUCUUCAUAUGAUUAACGCUUUGAUUAUUCUUAACCUUUUCUAAGUUAUUCUGAAUUUAUAUAAAAGUGACUAAAAUAAUAUUGAAUUUACACAUCUGUUGCCGAAUUUUACAUUCUAUAUUUAAGGACCAACUUAAUGUGCAUACAAAAACGCUAAAUUUGUAAUUGAUAAGCAAACCUGGAUUGCAUCGUGCUUUUGCAAAGUAAAUAAAUUGAUUGAUAUAUGUAAAUAAAAAAUUGUUUACUCCGAAGCUUUCGAAAUCUACUACAAAAUUUAAAAUUUUCCUUUAGGGAUCAUACUAAAGUUGGACUUUAGUCUUUCGACUAAAGCAGCACUGUGUGGCUGAUACUUAUGAAAUAAGUUACAGAAACUCAUUUUCUACAUUUAAGCACCAAGUUAAUGUGCAUGUAAAGGGCUUAAUUUUUGAAAUGCAUUGAAAAUAUUGCUUAAUUACCGGCAUAGUGAAAUUGCUUUCUUUUGUUUGCGUAAGUAAUAAUAAUUUUUAUUGGUUCGUUUUCAAGGAAAAUGCCAUUUGAUGAUUUUAAAGACAAUGGUUUCAAGCAAAUUAUUGUAUGGAAUCCCCUUGAACUGGUACCGGUUAGACUGAUGCAUGAAAUUUAUGUACGUACUCAUACAUACUUAAUACUUUAACACUUUCAAGCUUUGAAUAUUAACAAAUAAAAAUAUAUAACGUAAGCCUACAUGGCAUAUACAUAUAUGUAAUAUAUUUGUAUGUAUCUAAUAUCACACACAAAUGUACUUCUUAUACUCCUUUUUAGUAACUACAUACAUCUAGAUUGUAUACAUAUGUACUAUGUAUAUGUAUGAUACUUAAAAAGCUAAACAUAGUCUCCUUAGAACCUAUACAGAUUGAGCGAAUAUUUUUUUCGUAAAAAAUUAUUACCACUUCUACGAAGCAGAUCAAAAUAACAUAUUCUUCAACAAAGAAGCGUAGUAAAAUUUAAAAGCUGUGAAGCAACGAAGAUCGAAAUACAAAGUUGAAGCACAAAUUUAUUGUCGGCUUGUGGAGUUAUAUUUAUAAAUCAAUAGUAAAAUGAAUUAGUAAUAAGUGUAAGUUGGUGUUACAAAUUACAAAAAUUUAAUAUUCAAAAUUAUUAAAUGUAAGAAAAUAAAACAGUUUGAUGAAAUCUUGCGAAAAACAAUAUGAAAUGGCAAGAUAUCCAAGUUAAGAACUAUUACGUACCAGCAACAAAUAUUAAACAAAAAAUAUAAGAAUUCAUCCUUAUAACUUUUUAUGAUUAUAAAACCUCAAAUAUUGUUUUAAAGCCAUAAUUAUAAUUAUUGAAAAUUUAAUUUUAAAACUAACUGCAAAGAAGAUGCGAGCUGUUUAAGUUAAACAAAACGUACCAAGUAACGGUUAUAAAGUAUUUUAAUCUCUAUGGUAGCAGUAUGAUUAAUAUUAUUUAAAUAAUAUAUUUAAAUAUAUUAUUUAUUGUAAUUAAAUAAAUGAUUUAUUGAAUUUAUAUAUAGUACUUAUAUACACAUAUUAACAAUACUAAAGCUUUCAGCAAAUAUAUUUGAUUACCUCAUGUUUAACAGCGAUAAAUAUUUAACAUAAUAAUUAUACACAAAAAUAAGAGCUUGAUUAAUUUAUCUAUGUUAGUUUAGGUGAAUUUGAAGUUGAAAACAGGUUUUACUGUUUUUAAAUCGGUUUAUUCAAAUACUGUCUUACGAAUCCCAGGAAUUUAUUUUAUAUCAUGUUCGGCUUAAAUUUAUAACUAUCUAACUCUUUGACUCUUCCAAUUUCUAUUUUAAUUAAAUUAGAAUAUGUUUUAUUGUGUACAAAUAUUAAGGAUAGUAAAUAAUUUAUAGCAAACAUUAUAGAAAUAUGACAGAAAUGUUUAAUAUUGUAUGUGUAAUGAACGUAAGAAAAAACCCUUAUUUAUAGUUACUAUGAAAGCUUGAUAUUUAGCUCUAAUAUUAUUGAAGUGUUAUGGUAUACUUCCUUUUAUUUAUAGGAGUUAAUAUUAAAAAAAAAUUUAUAAAUUGGAAACCGUUGUCCUCGAUUGUAAUAAUGAAUUGAAGGAUAAAAUGAAGACAAUCUAUUUUUUUGCUGUCAUCUUCCAUUCCAUUUCAUUAGGAAUGCUCGGUUGAAAAUGAAUGAAACUAUGUGUUUAUUACACUAGUUUACAGUAUUGAACUUUUUGUCUGUUGCCGCGAAUUCUGCGAUUGAUAUUGUUUACUUAUUACUUGUUUUUGUCAAAUCUACCCUCAAAAAUUUUUGAGCAGCUCGAGUUACUUUGUUUUUGAUUUUUAUCAUUUAAGCAUAUAUAUAAUCGAAAACAGGCGUAUUUUACUGUGUUAAGAUUAGUUUCUCAAGUUUUUGCGUCAUGGGUAGUUCAAGAAGACGUUGUUUAAAUAAACCAGAUCAUUUUUGCUACAUAUGCGGAGAAUAUGUGUUUAAAAAUUGUAGAAAAGUUAUAUCAGAGUUGGUGAAAAAUACCAAUUUUGAGUGUUUUGGGGUGCUCUUGGAUAAAAAUAAGAAUUCUUGGGCUCCCAAUUGUGUUUGUAAAUCUUGUGUGGAAUAUUUAAGAUUAUGGGAAAGUGGUAAAAGAAGUGCCUUUAAAUUUGGAACACCGACUAUUUGGCGAGAACCACGAAAUCAUCUCGUAGACUGUUAUUUUUGUAGUGUGAACAUAAACGGUUUAAACACUAAAAAUCGAGCUAAAUGGCAGUACCCAAGUACUAGCUGUGUUCAACGUCCAGUGCAGCGUUCACCUAACUCUUCAGAGCCUAAAAAUAUAUCUGAACCAUUAGAGCAAGACAUUGAAGGACCAAGCUCAUCACAAAAUGAUGCUGAUUUUGAAGGUAUGUCUAAUGAGCCAAAACGCUUUUCCCAAAAUGAGUUGAACGAUCUUGUAAGAGAUUUAAAUCUUUCUAAACAAGCUUCAGAAUUGUUAGCAUCAAGACUAAAAGAAAAAAAACUUGCUAUCCUCGGAUACUAAAAUUUGUUUAUAAGUUUUUUUUAUAUGUCUUUGCGACAGUAGAGCAGUAGAGUAGAGCUAAGCAAGAGCAUUGGGUGAGAAAAAAAUGGCCCUUUAGAGAAAAAAUGGAGCCUGGAAAGCACAAUAUAGUCCACAAUUCAUUAAAGCUCGUAAUAAAAUUAUCCUUCCACCAUUACAAAUAAAACUGGGCAUCAUGAAACAGUUUGUAAAAUCACUAGAUAAAGAUGGAAACUGCUUUUCUUACAUUUGCCAAAAAUUUCCUCAGCUCACUAUGGAAAAGAUUAAAGCCGAAAUUUUUGAUGGCCCCCAAAUUAGACAACUUACGAAAGAUACUCAAUUUAGAAAUUCUAUGACUGAGUCAGAACUAAAGGUUUGGACAGCAUUCGUAUCUGUGAUGCAGAAUUUUCUCGGAAAUAAAAUAUCUGAAAUUAUAUUGAACUUGUAGAAGACCUUCUGCUACAAUUAAAAAAUAGAGAAUGCAAUAUGAGUAUAAAACUUCACUUUCCUAGACACCUAGAGAGGUUUCCGGAAAAUUUAGGAGAUAUGAGCGAAGAGCAGGGAGAGCGUAUGCAUCAAGACUUACGAGUCAUGGAAGAGCGCUAUCAGGGUUUCUGGGAUACAAAUAUGAUGUCUGACUAUUGUUGGUCUCUAAUACGUCAUUUUCCAAAGUCUACACAUCGGAGCAGAGCUUUAAAACGCAGUUUUUUAGAACUUAAAGAUUAAUUAUUUUUCUUAAUAAAAUUUUUCUUAAUAAAUACAUGUUUUUUUCUGUGUAAUACCUACAUAGCUGAAACUCUGAAACUAGAGCUGAUAAAAAUAUUUAAAUUAUAUUUUUGGAAAUAGCAUAUUAUAUGUAGUCAGCAACAGCUAAAAUUACUUCGGCAACAAAUGUACUGUAAACUAGUGUUAUUUUAUGUUGUAUUCUAUAUACCUUGUUUUCGAGGUAGAGACAUAAAUAUUUUAUCAACAAAUUUCGUUUGUAGAGAGAUGGUUAGAGUACCGAUAAUUAUUUUUUCUAAAAUGAAGUCCAUAAACUUUAUAUUGAGCUCAACUUUCACUACUUUUUUAUUGAUUUUUUUUAUCUCAAAAAUUAGUUAAUAAUACCGAUUGCUGUGCUUAGAGCACAUUAUAAAUAAUAGAGCUUUUGCUUAAUUAAUUUGCAAUAGUAUAGUAUUUUUGUUUCAUUUUUAAAAUACAAAGUAAUACCAACAAAAUUUAAGUUAAUUUAGCUAAAUUUAUAGCAAUUCCUGAGUAUUUAUAAAUUAUGCUUUUUCUAUCCUCAUACUUUUAAUGCUAGUUUAUGAUCGAAACCUCAAAAAAUUUUCAAAAUCUUUCUCAAAGGCAGUUAUUCAAAUGUUCAGUUCAGGCUGGCAUGUGGGCCAAAGUUACGAGUAUUCGAUCUCCCGAAUUAGAAAAAGUAGAAUAGAAAGAAAAUAUGUUGUAGUUUUAGUUUAAGCUGUUUGAUGCAUAUUUAGAUUAUUUUUGUUAAUAUAUAUAACAGCAAAAUUAAUAAUUUUAAUGCACCACAAAAAAGAGGGCUUUGGGUCAGCUGAUAAAUUUUGUGAAUGGAUUUGGAAUUCAAUUUUUAACUUUAUUUCGAUUUUUGUAUCUUUAUAUUGUUCUCAACUUAUCCUUUUUGACACAUUCCAAAAAUGUAUGGGUUAUGUUGGUAGAUGACAUCAAGCUUAUACUUAUUGACAGCGUUGUCUCGAGCAUAAUAACUAUAUGUGACCUGGUCUACGAAAAGGGAGCUAACGUGCGAAUACUAGUUUUCUGGGAAACAGCUGUUAAAAAUAAACAACUCGUUUCGUCAGUUUCUCGUUGAAAAUAGAUUUUUUGACACCUAAGCCCCCUUUCCGUAGACCAGGUCACAUAUAUCGUCACCUGAAAUGCAAAAUAACGUAACAACAUUUUCGGAAAUUUUCAGUGGCAUGAAUUAAACACGCCAUGAAAUGGAACAUGAGUGAAAAAAAUUUUUAAUAUUGGUUAAAACUGGUAUAUAUCUGAGCUCAGAACCUGAAAAUGUUUGACAUAUGUAAUAUUAUGUAUGUAAUUUGAAGUAGUGAACCAUAAUCAAUAAGACACUCAAUUUCGAAUUUUUUGAUAAUACGUUAUUUUGCAUUUCAGGUGACGAUAUGUAUUAUUUACUGUCGUUUACUAUAUUAUUACGUAAUUUCGCUGCUAUGUACUUCUACAUACAUAAGAAACUGUUCAAAAACAACGAGUGUGACUUAUUAAGUACAUGUGUGCAAACGUAAAGCGAUUAUUUGCCGUCCUUUAAAUCGCUGUUUCGUUUAUGUUUUAUAAGUAUCCAUAGUUAUGUGCAUGCGUUUAUUGCUUAAAAAUGUGAUAUUUCGAAAAAAUUAAGUAUGUCUGUAAGUACUUGUGGGUAAAAUCUUGCGUCGUAAUGUGUUUUCAUUUUAACUGUCUAUGUACAACAAUUAUUAUAAGUAUGUGCAUAUAUGUAUAUACAUAUGUAUGUAUUUGUAUAGUAGCAAAAUGAAAAAUUAACUCAUAAAGCUAAACUUUUCUUGCCUUAUUUGUGCUGCACUGUUAAUUUAAAUAUUUUAAAUUAUAUAAAUAUGAACUUAGGAACUUUACAAAAUAUUGCUUUUCAGGCAUGAUGAAAUUAAAUUUGGAAUGUAUUGCGUAAUACAUUACGAUAGAUUAAAAAUAAAUGCAUAUUAAAUAUAUUUAGAAAUGAAGCCAAUCAAUCAAAUUGCGAUGGCCAGCAAAAAUCACAUACACAUAUACAUACAUAUAUAUUCUACAAUUAAUUAAAAUUAUAUUGAAGAAUAAUAGUUUUAAAAAUCACACCUAGCAUGAAAUAUAUGUACGUGAAUGUUUUUGCUGCAACAAUAUAUACCUACCAAUACACAAUAUAUACAUAUGUGUAUGUAUUAGAAAAUAUUAAAACAAAAAUGUGUUAGUUUAUAUUAAAACACAGAACUUGAAGCAAGUAUGUUACACUAAAGAGAGUUUAGAGUGUUCGAGUUAAAGUCGAAUUUGAAUUCGUGUGGCAUCAAAAAAGUUCUGGUUAAUAAAAUGAAUAUUAUUCUGAGCAGGCGUUUGAACAGUGUUCACAGACACAGAUUGGUAGGGCGAAAAGUGUAUGGACAAGUCAUACACACAUUUUAAUGUGAAUUAGCAAAUAUGUACACUAUAUAAUAAUGAAGAAGCGAUAAUUAAACCAAUUAGUAAAAAUUGAUGAAAAAUGUUUACUCAAAUUAAUACAAUUUAAUAAAAAUUCAUGAGCACAAA